GCCCCCCUUGCGCUGUCCUCGUCACCCGCCCCCUUUCUCUCUCUCCCUCGCUCCUUCGGUCUCCAGUCUGCUUCUGUUGUCUCGGCGGCUGGAAGGAUCUGGGAGAGAGGAUCUCGCGAGUCUUGGAGUUUUGGUGAGAGUUUGUGGAAGAUGGCGCCUGUUGUGACAGGGAAGUUUGGGGAGCGCCCUCAACCACAGCGCCUGACGAGAGAAGCCAUGCGGAAUUACCUGAAGGAACGAGGAGACCAAACCGUGCUCAUCCUACACGCUAAAGUUGCACAGAAAUCAUACGGCAAUGAAAAAAGGUUUUUCUGUCCUCCCCCUUGUGUGUAUCUGAUGGGCUGUGGAUGGAAGAAGAAGAGGGAGCAGAUGGAGCGAGACGGCUGUUCUGAGCAGGAGUCUCAGCCCUGCGCCUUCAUCGGCAUCGGAAACAGUGACCAGGAGAUGCAACAGCUAAACUUAGAGGGCAAGAACUAUUGCACAGCCAAAACAUUGUACAUCUCAGACUCAGACAAACGCAAGCACUUCAUGCUUUCGGUGAAGAUGUUCUACGGGAACAGCGCAGACAUCGGCGUCUUCCUCAGCAAGAGGAUCAAGGUCAUCUCCAAACCUUCCAAAAAAAAACAGUCCCUCAAAAACGCAGACCUCUGUAUAGCAUCAGGAACGAAAGUGGCGUUAUUUAACCGACUUCGCUCGCAGACGGUCAGCACACGUUACCUGCACGUAGAAGGAGGGAACUUCCACGCCAGCUCACAGCAGUGGGGAGCUUUCUACAUCCACCUCUUGGAUGAUGAAGAGUCGGAGGGAGAGGAGUUCACUGUGCGAGACGGCUACAUUCACUAUGGCCAAACCGUCAAACUCGUGUGCUCUGUGACGGGCAUGGCUCUUCCUCGACUGGUCAUCCGUAAGGUGGAUAAGCAGACUGCCUUGCUGGAUGCAGAUGACCCCGUCUCUCAGCUGCAUAAGUGUGCCUUUUACCUGAAGGAUACGGAGAGGAUGUACCUGUGCCUUUCUCAAGAGAGGAUCAUUCAAUUUCAAGCUACUCCAUGCCCAAAGGAACCAAAUAAGGAGAUGAUAAAUGAUGGUGCCUCCUGGACAAUCAUCAGCACUGAUAAAGCAGAAUACACCUUCUAUGAGGGCAUGGGCCCUGUACACACCCCCGUCACACCCGUGCCUGUGGUCGAGAGCUUACAGUUAAACGGUGGAGGAGACGUAGCAAUGCUGGAGCUGACCGGACAGAACUUCACUCCAAAUCUGCGGGUGUGGUUCGGUGAUGUAGAGGCAGAAACCAUGUACAGGUGUGGCGAGAGCAUGCUGUGCGUCGUCCCAGACAUCUCGGCGUUCCGUGAGGGCUGGCGGUGGGUGCGGCAGCCGGUGCAGGUCCCUGUAACGCUGGUGCGCAGCGACGGGAUCAUCUAUUCCACGACGCUCACGUUCACAUACACACCUGAACCCGGUCCCCGUCCACACUGCAGCGCGGCCGGCGCCAUCCUCCGAACGGGCAACACCAGCUUGCUCUCCACGACCGGCAACAGCGCGGGAGGGAACGGAGAAACGGCACCCUACGGUCCCAACAGCACGUCAAACGCGGUCACAGCGUCGUCCUCUAAUGCAGCCGCGGCCGUGGUGUUAUAACACACGCAGCGGCGCUCACAAACUCACAAUGUGUGCUAGACGUGAAACAAAUUCAACAGACUGCAAAGUGCUGCAUAUCGAAUUUCAACUUCAAAUCCCAGAGAUGAAAAACAAGGGAGAGAUGGGUGAAAAAGGCAAAAUUUUUGAGAGCGGUUCUCCUGUGGCCUCUUGUUGUUUUCUCUAAGGAGCCGGUCUGGUGCUAGCAAUAGACAAUGCCUGAGAGGAAACACCAGCACGGAAGACAUGGAGACCAGACCAUAGCAUUGACACAUCAGCCGUGUACAAAACGCGUCGACUGAAAACGAUGUUCAGUCUCUUAGGUUUCUUCCUUCCGAUUGGGUGAGAUGUAUCAUAGCCUGGGACGGCGAAGCUCUUAGGAAAAGGGUCACAUUGAAAUUGUGAGAUGACAGUUUUUAUGGACCACGGAUAUUGUAUAAGCUUUAGUAAAGGUACUUUUUUUUUUUUUCUCUUUUCUCCAUACUUUUUUAUAUCAAACAUUAUAGUGCGCUUUUGUUACCAAAUAGGUUCUAUUCCUGUCCUCUGAGCUUUUUCUGUACAUAGCUACUUUCGUAUACAUCUGUCCGUCUAGACUUCUUCAGUUUUGAUACUUUGUAUUUUGUAAAGCCAUUGUUUUGUUUUCCAUUCGCUGUAGUCGUUUUCAUUUUCCAUUUGGAAGAAACUCAGAGGGCCUGUUUUUUUAUCCUUCGUUUUUUUAUGAAGUCUUUAAAAAGAGAAGAGCUUUAAGCAAUGCCUCUGCCUUGCCUGCAUUACGAUAUGCGCUACGCUUCCUUUAAGCAUUUCAUCGAUGUGUCUAGAUCUCACUACUAAAGGAACAAUGCCGUCUUUCUGUCUUAUUUGGGAAUUUAGAAACCAGAAAAUAGAGGCUUUAGAUGCAAACGUGUCUCUUCGAUACGGUAGCCAUAGUGUAGUUCAUUUGUCCUAGAGCACAGUUAGGAUCUCACAUAUCAAUGUCAGAAAGAUCGCUGUAGACGGACAUGAGUUUAGACUCCUACAGUUUUAGUGCCGUUUUAUACUGCUUCCUUGCUCAAAUACAGUUGUUUGUCUUCCGAAGCAUCCAUCUGCAUUUUGCUCAAAUUCGAAACGGUCUCAAAGGUGGACGAUUCGGAGACGUGCUCUACUAUUAGAUGUGGCCUUACUGGAACAAAGGUUCCCCGUUUAGUUCACUCCUUCAAAAGGAGGUGUACAAACGGGACCCGAGGAACCAAGCCUUGCAUUUUGAACAUUUUACAUGCAAUUUUGAAUAUUUCAACUCCCUUAAACUUUCGUUUGGAUUUAGAAGAUCUAAAUGUGUAAGAGAUACGAACAUACCCAAAGAUAUAAUAUUGCAUUGUUGUCUCUGUUUUUGGAAUAUUUGAAGAGUAUGUCGGGAUCUGUGGCCUCUCGCACACCAAAAGUAGGAAGCUUUACUCCGUUGGUCAUUGAUGUGUUUAUCGUGGCCUUGGUGUCUCACCAACUAGUAGGCUAGUAUUAAUGACAAAAAAAAUUAAUAAUAAUAAAAAUAAAAAAAACUAGCUGUAAUGAACUCAUCAACCAGCACUAAUAGUGUUUUGUGACUUUCUUUUUUUUAUGUACAGUAAUUUAACUUUUGAAUUUUAUGCGUCCGUUUGUAAAAAAGAAAAACAAAAAAAGAAAGAAAAAGUCGAACCAAUCAGCCAUUUUUUUUUAUUAUUUUUGUGUGUGUCUCUGUGUGUGUGUGUGUCUGUGGUUCUUAACUCAGUUAUGUCCUUGGUGUUUCUCGUCGAAACGGUUGGGUGUUUAGUGUCCGCGUUUGUCCUUAUCUUCUAUGUUAUUGUCUGGCUAAUAAAAGGACAUCAUGGGACUAGAAACGUGGAAGUAAAUGGCCUUUAAGUAAGUGUCUCAAAGCAUACAGCAAUACUGUAUAGGUCACUUUUUGUGUCUUGGUCUGUGGAAAUAGCCACUGAUUUUUCACCAGCCUGAUCCGCCGCAUAUGUGCUCAUGAAGUAGAGUCAUCUUUACUUUCUUUUACACUUCGUACUAAUUUAAUCAGACAACUUUUUGGUAGAUGUCUAGAUUGGCGUGGCUCCUCCACUGUCUUCCUUGCUUGAGAAAUCUGUAGUGUAGUACAAGUAGGCGACCCGUCAAACAAGGCAAUACUCCAGCAUUGUAGGCCUAUAAUGUAGUAUAUUUUGGGAAAAAACUGUAACUUGAAUGUUUCUGCAAAAAAAAAAGCAAAAAAAAAAAAAGUUCACUUGUUGCCUCCACUAGCUUUCUUUUCCCCAUCUUCAACAGCAUCAUCUCUCUUUCUUGGAUGGCCUCCUUGCAAAAAUCUUCCAUGAGGUGAUUUAACCUGAAGCUCUUGCGCUCGGUUUCCCAGAAUUCUUCCAUUUGAUCAUAUUCUUACAAUUCAGUAUCAUGUAAGCGCACACUUCCAUUUGGAGGAAGAUGGCACUGGGCAAAAGCAUGGAUGCAAUUUUUUAAUGCUAUUUUUCGUUUGUUCAUGUUAAACUGUAACUAUGCCCACGUUAAGCAGUCCAUUUAAUUUCUAAUAUUUGAUGUUUUUAUUUUAUUUUAGUGAUUGUCAUUGUCAGAGCUUACCAUGUAAUGUGGUAUUGCAUUUCUCUACCCUUGAUUUGUAUAGCUUCAUGACCCCAAAAAGAAAAACAAGUGCUUUAAGCCAAUGAUACAACAUCAUUGAAACAAUUCCUACACAAACGAAAGAAAGCGAUUAAUUCAGGCUGUUAAUCCAGUGUGACUUUAUCAUUAGCGUAGCACAAUAGAUCAACAUUUCUGAAGCACUCCGUCACUCUGAUUGCUGCAUCUGUUCCAAUUUGUGUUUACAUUGUGGAUUUGCUCAGUUCUGCCCCUCACUUACUGUGGUGUUCUGCUAAAGUGCAUUAUGUUGCUCUCUGAACAAACCGACUGACAAUCUUGCUGUUUUUUUUAUCUGUUUACAUGUUUAUUUUUGGAUUUUUUUUGAAGGUGUUGAGCUUUAGAAUGAAGGAUUUGUUCUGACCCGAAUUGAAAUUACAUAAGGAUGCAUUCAAACAAAAUCCAUAAAUUUGUUAACAGUUAUAAAAAUCAGCUGCAGAGCUUGACUCUGAAAUGUUUUGAACUUAACAUCUGAGGCAUGUAUGUAGAGGACACGCACCAAGCCUUAAAAACACAUUUAAUGGCAAUCCGAGUGAACAACUUGUUUCGCUUUUUUUCUUCUUUAAAAAUCAGUCAGCUAGUGUCAUUUAUCUGUUGUUUUAUAUUUCUUCAAUAACUUUGCUCUUCCAAAAACUCCUUAUUUUGUGCUUAAUGAGCUCUGAUCAAUGUAUAGAUGAUAUGCCAAAUGUCUUAUACUUACAUUUUCAUGCACUGUCUGCUUAUCAAACAUGGCACGAGAGGCAGCUUUUAAGAGAUAUCUCGGUAGUUCUUGAAAAAAAAAAAAAAGAGGAUGGGAAAAUGUAGACAAACACUUUCUAGUUCCAUACUUCCAUAAAAAGUUAAUUGGUCAUAAUUUUUUGUUUUGUUUUGCCUUUUGGACAUAAAUGUGUAAUCAAAUGCUUAUAUCGCUUUUUCUGUUUUCUCAUCUGGAGAGUUUUGGUGUGUUGUACUGUGUAUCAAGUUCUUAUGCCUUUAGGACGGUUUUAGUUCGGUAAUUGACCCUCUCUGCUGGUUUUGCACUUAGAGAAAACCAGAUUUGUCUAGAUUAGUUGUUUACAGAGUGCAACGGUCAUUUUUCAUGUAAAGCAAUCCUGCUGUGCCUGAUUUGAUGCUCUGUGCUAGGCUUUACAUGUGCAGUUUGUCCUUACCCUUCUGAACCUUUCACUUCCCCUUUGUCAGUGUUGCUUUUUUUUAUUGCUCCCUCUUUCCUUUCUCCUUCUUGGUCUGUUCUGGUUAUAAUAUUCAAGGUAUCAGUAUGGUAGCAAUCUCAGUCCUUAACGGGCCGCUGAUGUUAGGAUCAUGUGCCCUAAUGUGAAACAAGGGGGCAGAAAAAAACAACAAAAAACAUUAGUUCUGUUUCGUUUGUCUGUUUGUUUGAUUUUGUACAUAUUGCACCUGCUCAGUUCCACAUGUCAUUAAAUAAUAAAACUGCAAUAUUGGCAUAAAAAAAAUCGAAA